AUGUUUACUGCGGACAUGUGCCAAGAUGACGAACAAAACCGUGUCAAGGCUCGCGCGGCAUAUCAAGCGACAUCUAGUAACAAGCCUCCUGUGGGUGACCCAAAUCCCAAUGAUAUCUACAAGGACUUGACACAUCAUGAGCCUCAAUUGGACGGUAAUUCAAGGCUUCUUUACAAGAACCUUGGAAUUCUCAGAUAUUAUAUUCAAGACCCAGAAAAGGCAGACUAUCUGAUUGUGGACAAAGAUAGCAGAGUGCCAAAUGAGGUCUCCAACAAGGAUGUGGCAGCUGCAGGGCCUAUUGGUCUCCCACCAGCCCCAAGGAGACAACAUUCCAGACCAAGAAACCCCCAGGGCCUGAUAUGAAAGCCAAGUGCUGUUUUGCCAUCAACAGAAAGCAAAACUUUGUUAAUUGCUCCUUUCUAUACAUAUGUAUAUACACUUCUUU